AUGGGUCAAUCACGGGAAGUGACCACCGAUGAAAAUGUGGCCAGAAUUAGGGAACUGCUACAAGAAUAUCCGCGAAUAACGCUAUUACAGAUGGCUUAUAUACUGAAUAUCUUAAACGAGAGAGUACAUCAUAUUCUGCACAAUUAUAGCAACGCAAGACAUAUUUGUAUCAAAUGGGUACACCACUUGUUGUCGGCCGACCAAAUGGCUACUCGUUUAUGGGUCAUAGAAGAUGAAGAGAUCCCGAAGUUGGCCAAACGUGAAGUGCAUGUAAAGAAGAUAAUCUACGCCAUAUUUUUUCGUUCGACUAGUAUUGUGAAAAUUUUCAAAUUGGGAAAUGGAUAUAAGGUUACCACCGACUGGUAUGUGAAAAAAUGGUUGUCUAAAGUCUUUGAAUCUAUCAAUGAGGAUCGCCCGAAGUCUGGACUAACUGGCAUUAUAAUGUAUCACGAUAAUGCCAAGUCUCACAAAACAUUGGUAACAACCCGAUAUCUCGAUGACAAUGGUGUUCAACUUUUAACACGCCCACCUUACAGUCCUGAUCUGUCUCCAGCUAAUUUUUGGCUUUUUAAAAAUCUCAAGAAACACCUAAGAGGAACGGUAUUUAAUAGCAAAAUUGAUAUUGACAACGCUUUUGAGUCAUUUUGGGAGACCUAA